UGUAACACCUUCGAGACUGAAUUUAAGUUCAGUUGAUAUGGUUAUAUUAGUUUCCAUCAAUGAAACACCUUCGUAAUAAUUCGGAAUUUUUUAUUGAAGAAAUUGAAUUGGUUUUUUUAAUGCGAUAAUUUGGUUUUUUUUUUGAGUUUAAUUGUGCUUACUGAAGGAUUAAGCUAACUAUUUCAUUUCCGUGUACGUGACAAUACUAUUAUGGAUAAUUAUAAGGCGACAAUAAUACUAUUAUUUAGCUUCCUGCUAUUUCAUCAUUCUUUGGCGGUGGUCAACACGAUCAGCAGUGAAAAUAGGCAGAAAAACGUGGAACAAAAACAAGUGAAUUUUGAAAAAGAAGGAGAAAAAAUAAAAUCAAAACGAGAUGAAAAUCAAAGCUCUAUACAGAAUGACAUUGCAGAAGACAGAAUAAGUCACAAUGACUUAUCAAGUGUAUUACAACCGCAAUAUCCUUCGUCUCAAUAUACACCGGAUGUGCCACAAACGUUUUUGCCUCCGGCAAAUUCUUUUAUUAAAAAUUUUCGGUCGCCGGACUUAAUGUAUGUUAAUCCAAAACUUCCAUUCUCUCGACCGCCGUUCCCACGUGGAUAUCCUUCAUUUUUACCAUGGAAAAUGAACAUUCCAUUUAACAAUUUGCCUCCAAUGAAGACUUUCAAAACUUCUCCAUUCCCAACAUCAGUUGAAGCUUAUGGGCCGCCAAGAAAACCAGCAUUACCUCCAUUUUUAGCACCAGGAUUUCCAUCAAAAGACUUUAAACGUCUAUCAGCUCCUCGAAUAAUUCCAAACAAUUUACAUCAAGAUUUCUCGAAGCUGUCAAUACCAGGUGUACCUGGAGUACCUGGAUUGCAGAGAAUACGAAAUGCUUUUGCACCUCCCACCCCUCCGGAUAUCGAGUAUGAUGGAUGGCAACCGAUUGCAGGAAGUAUUUCCGGACCAAAUCAUCAAAACUUACAACCGGAUACACUUGACAGUCAGCUCUCAAGUCAAACUCCCGAUCAUACCCAAAUAACCGGCAUUCCAAGUAAUUCUUAUGGUGAGCCAAUAAAUAAUCUCGCUGAUCACAAUUUAAAACAACAAGUGAUUAAAACUGAAACAGAUUCUGGUUUACCACCACCUGUAUUACCUGAUGCUGAGCCACUUCAUAACAUUCAAGAACAAACAAAUUUAAAUCCACUCCAGUUUUUAUCUCAUCCUGUUGAACCUGUCAUUAAUAAUCAUAAUGUUAACAACGAUUUUCCACCGUCUGUUGGAGGCGACUUAGAAUUUCAACAACUUCCAAAAGUAAACAAUGAGGAAGCUCUCAAAUUAUCUUUCGAUAAUUUCAAGGAGAAUGUUGAUUCUUAUCUCGUUCCACCGCCUUCAUCGUUUAGUGCUACCGGCCCUUAUCCCGCAUCACGAAGACCAGAUUACAACAAACGUCAUCAGCACGCGUAUCACAUCCCACGGAAUACCGGCCCAAUUAGACCACAUACUUCACUUCCGUUUUGUUCUUUACCUGGUAAUUUAAUUCCACCCAGGAAUUGGGCUAACAAAUUCCGUGAUUCUACUGGUGAAUUUUCGAGCUUAACAAAUAUGUACAGUCUACCAGUUCAUCACUUCACGCAGUUCGAGAAACCACAGGAAGCACCAAUUACUGAUUCUGACGUUUCGAUGAGUUUUAAUCAACUCAUUGUUAAUGACGACGUUUUGUCUGCACUUCAUACUGAUCUUGAUCAGAACUCAACAGCUUUGAUUAAAAAUACUGAAAUUAAUGAAGAUCAUUAUGAUAACUCGUUAGCAUCAAGUAUUACAAAUGAAAUACCAUCAGAUGAUCUGCAAAUUCAAGGACCCAAAGGAACUUAUCGCCUACAGAUACAGCCAGCGGAUGGAUUGAAAAGUGCUGAUGAUUCUGUUGUUCAUAGUCAACUGUUGUCUGAUGGACUCUUACAGAAUAUCAUUGCAGCUAUUGAACAACCUGGAGAAGGGCCAAUUGAGAUUCAAAACACUCCUCAAGCUCAAUCCCUUCAACAAAUCCACACACAUACGCAUCAAGAUUUUAUUGAUCUUUCUGCAGCAUCAUCUUCAAUCUUCUCAGUUAUGGAUAAACAAUUGCUUCAAGUGGAUACAAGCAAAUCAAUUGAAACAGAACAAAUGCCAACGUCAUCUUCGUAAAAUAAAGUAUCAAAAUGCUACGAUUGUUUCGUUUAUUUAUCUUUUCAUCAAUAGAAAACAAAAUUCGAAAGAUAAUUGAAUUAAUCAGCUUCGUGGAAUGUCGAGUGGUUAUAAUUGGAUUUAAUUGGAUUUUAGAAAA